UCUCUGUGAAAUAGUCGAACUAGACGAAAAAAUAAAUAAAAAAUAUAAUACGAAACGGAAAUAAUAGGAGAGGCAGAGAGUCAAAGAUACGCAAAUAUGGAAGAUUGUAAAUUGAAAACAGAGAUGUUGCGGGAAAAGUAUAAGGAGUAUCUGAAGCCAAUCGAUCCGUUGCGACCACUUGGUCGUGAGUCCUCGGACUUGAUGCCGCCGCCCGGCAAAGUGAAGCAAACGUGCUUCACGGCCAAGGAGAAGUUCCCUCGGGGCGAGCAGCUAAUCAGAAAGCUGGGCAAACGCACCAUGCUCGAUAGACUCGACGAAUAUAAUAAAUUUCGCGUUCCAUUGCAGUGUCCAUGCGAUACGAUUCCCCAAGGCGGCGAUCCGGCGCGCAAGAAGCGACGUGGGCGUGGUCCGACCAAAGCCAAAAGAGUGAAAAAGGAACCGGAACACAUUGUCUGCUCCGUUAACAAUCUCCCAUUGGCCUAUACCGAAAGCCAACAGGAUCCUCAGCCAGUUCCCAUCGGCAAGCAAAAUAAUCGCAACGCGAAGGCAAAUCUGCGAACGGCAGCGCCCGUUCGAAACAUCAAGAAAGACAAGGACAUGAGCCAGCAGGCCAUAUCCAGCCAGCGCAAAUACAUACGCGCCAAGGCCGACGAGAUCCAAAAGAAGUCCAUGGCCCUGCAACAGAAGAUGGCCAAGCCAAAGGUGGUCAAGCCGGCUGCGGCCAAGAAGGCACAGUCUAAGAAGCUACCACUGCCACCCAGCCCUGUGGACGAGACCAUGUUCGGCGUUAAGUCGAAGCCAACAGCUCCUCGCAGGCCGGUUGUGCCGCCAAAGAAACAGCCAACGUCUCCUUCUUCGCCCUGCUUAACUGGUGCAACUGGGCAGGACCAGGCGCUGCCUGAGACCGCCAUGUCUAUGCCUAUAUCGGCUGGAGCACAGCAGCAGACCAAGAAUUGUGCCCUUGGCGGAUCGAAUUCGGCUCACGGUUCAGCUAUGGAGUUGGCGGCAGCACAGUUUGGACUGGGACAGGCACUAGUCAAGGCUGCACCCAUACGAGCUUCAUAUGCUGGGGGGUCUCUCCCUUGCUUGCCUGCUGCGGCAAUGGAAUCGGUUGCACCGCAGCUGCCCAAGACUCCGACUCCGACUCCGCGUGCCGGAAUGAGCUCAAAGCAAACUAACCCGGGCGGAGCUGCCCAUCCCUACUUGCCUGUCGCGCCCAAGGAGUCAGUUGGACCACAGACCUCAACUUUGCAGAGUUCCUUUGGCGGCGCGAACUCGAUGCCAACUACCCUAGAUCCCAUGCAGUCAACCCCAAAUACAAGCUGUGCGCCUGUCCAGAAUGGCAGUCUGUGUGGAAUUACAUCGAAGCGAACGAAUCCACGAAGACCUGUGGUGCCGCCCAAGAAGCAACGACAGAUAACUUCCACGCCAACCACUGCUUCGACAGGAGGGAUCCCCUUCGGACCUUACCGAAUGCCACCAGCGAGUGAGCCGCAAGUCCCAGUGAAACCAAUGAAUGCGGCAAACUCAAUUACACCCAAGAAUCUAGCGUUCCCAACCCAGCAACAGGCGCAGACUACCGCUACGAAGGCCCUUGGCUCUUCCUUGUCGAUGCCUUUCCUACCCAGCCAACAAUUUGUACCACAGCUGCCGCCUAAUCCGCUGAAGUCCUGUGUAGAAAAGGAAAGUAUGGAUGACUUCCCAGCCAAGCCUGGGAAUGCAAGCAAAUCUGUUGUGCCGCCUCAGAAGCAACAGCAGGAAGUUGCCCCAACAACGGCAAAGAAACAGAAGUCAAUGCCAUAUUUCGUUGCACAACCCUUUGUGCCCCAGCAGAAACAGCCGUCAGCUGAUCCAGUGAACGGUUCUUAUGCUCCAGCUCAGCAAUCGAACCCACCAACAGCACCAGCGCCAAUGCUAGCGGGGCAGUCCAAGCAGAGACGGCAAUCAAUGGGUUAUGCUUUGGCAGGCAACCCCAAUGGACCUCCCACAAUGCCUUCCACUCUAGCCCAGCAAUCGAAGUCACAAAGAGCCCCCUCGCCAAUAGGCACUGGGCAGCCCUUUAAGCCCCAGCAGAGACGACAAUCCAUGGGUCAAGCGAUGGCAGAAAACCUCAAUGGAUCUAGUGCAAUCUCAGCUACUCUAGCCGAGCAAUCGAAGCCACCAGCAACAGCAGCGCCCAUGAUGACUGGGCAGCCCUUUAAGCCCCAGCAGAGACGAAAAUCCAUGGGUCAAGCGAUGGCAGCAAACCCCAAUGGACCCAAUGCAGUGCCAUCAACUCUAGACCAGCAAUCGAAGCCAUCAGCAAUGCUGUCUGGGCAGCCCUUUACAGCCCAACAGAGACGGCCAUCAAUGGGUCAAUCGAUGGCAGGUUACUCCAAUGGACCCAAUACCGUGCCAUCCACUUUGGCUCAGCAAUCCAAGCCACCAACAGCCCCAUCGCCAAUGCUAACUGGGCAGACCUUUAAGCCCCAGCAGAGACGACAGUCAAUGGGUCAAGCGAUGGCAGGAAAUUUCAAUGGAUCUAAUGCAAUGCCAUCAACUCUAGACCAGCAAUCGAAGCCACCAACAGCACCAUCGGCCAUGACUACUGGCCAGCCCUUUACACCCCAGCAGAGACGGCCAUCAAUGGGUCUAUCGAUGGCAGGUUACCCCAAUGGAUCGAACACAAUGCCGUCUACUUUGGCCCAGCAAUCGAAACCACCACCAGCUCAUUCGCCAUUCUUUGCAGCCCAGCAGAGACAAGCCACUGCAAUCAAUGCCAUCUCCAGUUCUAACUGGCAAUCCAAGAAAACCUUUUGUGCCUCUACAGAUGAGCACAGCUUCAAAGCUGAAUGA